UCAAGGGGAUCGAAAAACUGUCUCUGUUUGAAUAGAUAGAACAAAGACGGCCAUGUUCAUUAUUUGUGAAAAUGGAUUACUUAUAAUUUAAGUCUGUUUUCAAAAUUUGUGAGAGGUUUUAGAGUUAUAUUUCGUUGGAAAUCGUUGAAAGUCUUCCCGUAGAAAUGACAGUAAAGUAAACAAGGUUGAUUUUAUCAUAGAAUAUUGUAAAAAUGGCGAGUGUAAAAUUCUUUGGAUUUUUGGUUGCGGCCGUGUUGUUUUUCACUGGUGAUUGUGCCGAGUACAGUACCAAAGUUUUGAAUAACGAUUAUCUCGGACCUCACGGAAAGUGUGAACCUAUACAGAUACCUUUGUGCAAGGAUAUCCAGUACAAUGAAACGAUUAUGCCAAAUCUUCUUACUCACACGAAGCAAGAGGACGCAGGCAUGGAGGUUCACCAGUUCUUUCCCUUAGUGAAGGUACAGUGUAGCAAACAGUUGAAGUUCUUUCUUUGUACGAUGUAUGUGCCAGUGUGCACAGUCCUGCCCAAAGCUAUUCCACCAUGCAGGAGUUUGUGCAUACAAGCAAGAACUGGUUGUGAGACAUUGAUGAACAAAUUCGGCUUUGAAUGGCCAGCCAGUCUUAAUUGUGAUCAGUUUCCAACUGAGGGAUUAUGUGUCGGGGAAAACAAAACAGACCAUCAACCACAGCCCCCAACAACUUAUCGGCCUGGUCAACAAACGACCAAGAAGCCAACUAAUGGAGGUGGAAAUAGUGGCGGAGGAGGGCAAGGUGGUUACGAUGAGCGUAUUACAAUUAAUCCUAACUACAGAAACGAACUGCUUGAAUGCCCAGAAAAUCAGAGGGUUUUGGAAGGUUACGAUUAUAAACUUCGUAUUGGUGAAGUUUUGGUUGAAGAUUGUGGAGCUCCGUGUGAAGAUAUGUUCUUUAGCGAGGAUAAGCGUGAAUUUUCACGACUUUGGAUUGGAAUAUGGUCUUUCGUGUGUCUUGCUUCGACCAUGUUCACAGUGUUGACAUUUUUGAUAGAUAUGACACGGUUUCGUUACCCCGAAAGACCAAUCAUUUUCCUGUCAGGUUGUUACUUUAUGGUGGCCCUGGCAUACGUUAUAGGAUUUUUCUUGCGUGAUGACUACGCCUGCAGUGUGUUUAAAACCAAAGAUGGUUCCACAAUGAAAGAAACUGUGCCAUUAGUAACACAGGGCACCAAGAAGGAAUGGUGCACCAUUCUGUUCAUGCUUUUGUACUUCUUCAGCAUGGCCUCCUCGAUCUGGUGGGUGAUCUUAACCUUGACCUGGUUUUUAGCUGCAGGCAUGAAAUGGGGUCACGAGCCUAUUGAAGCUAAUUCCCAAUACUUCCAUCUGGCAGCCUGGGCUGUGCCUGCAAUAAAGACUAUAGCCAUUCUCGCCAUGGGCCAAGUAGAUGGUGAUGUUCUGAGUGGUGUGUGUUUCACAGGAAUAUCUGACGUAGAUGCUCUUAGGGGAUUUGUAUUAGCUCCCUUGGUUGUGUACUUAAUCAUUGGGACAUCUUUCCUUUUAGCAGGAUUUGUGUCCUUGUUCAAAAUACGUACUAUAAUGAAAUCGGAUGGUACAAGAACUGAUAAACUUGAGAAAUUGAUGGUACGUAUAGGAAUAUUCUCUGUACUGUACACUGUGCCAGCCACGAUUGUAAUUGCGUGUUACUUCUAUGAACAAUCCUCCAGAAUGUCCUGGAUGAGUACGUGGUGGUAUUCUCACUGUAAAGUCUGGAUGGGUAACCAAUACUUGUGCCAGAUGAUGGAGAGCACUCAACUGAAGCCAGACUUUAAUGUCUUUAUGAUAAAAUAUUUGAUGUCAGUAAUUGUCGGAAUUACUUCCGGGGUUUGGAUCUGGACUGGCAAGACCUUGCAGUCAUGGCAAAGGUUUUAUGCCACAAUCUUUAAGCCUGGAUCACUUAAAAACCAUGAAGCAGUCGUGUGAAAGGUGUGAAAAGUGUGUUUAAUACAAAAUUUAAAUAAAGUUGAGCCACAAAAAUAAGUGGUUUUGUGCGAUAUAUAGUGUUUAAUUAUAUGAUAAAUAGAUGCUGUCCACAUCAAAGAACAAAAUCAAAUUGGUAAAGCAUCCAGUAUCUUGCUACAUAUAUAGUCAGUCAAAAGAUCUGCUUAGUAAGUCUAUUAGGAUCAUAGAAUAGUGCUCCAACUGAAGAAAAAGGAUCACUAAAACAAUCUGUAUCAAUUAAUUGUGCAGAAUUGUGGGAGAGACGAAUAAUGUAAAUGAGAAAGAUGGAAAGACAAGAAAGUGUAUUAAAGGUUGAAGACAAGGCCAGUGUAUAUACUUAACUAUAUAUUAUAACACAACAUUUUAGAAUUUACAUUAAAAUAUUUGUACUUGUGUUCAUAGGACUUUCAUUACGAUAUACAUGUAUAUACUUCAUGGAAAAUAUUGAAGGUCUUGAAAUACGGUAAUAUAAUGAAUUUGCACUGUGGUAUUAGACUUGUUUUAAUUAUAUAUGUACUAUAUAUACUGAAUUAUAAUCAAGGUUGUAAGGUAUAAGAAAUCGUUCUUCAAAGGGUGCAAAUUCUUCCGUAGAAUGUCUGUAUAAACUUAACACUGGCAUUUAACCUUAUCAGCAAUAACAAAGCACUGAAGCAGUAAAAUUAGAUUGUUAUUUGAUAUAUGUCAGAUAUUUCUUAUCAGUAUUUCGGUAGACCUUUUAUGUCAACAUUCAAAUUUCAUUAUUUUAGAACGUCAUUGUUAUGUGUACGAAGUAAGGAUGGUUCAAAGGUGUCACAAAAAAGUGUCAAACCAAAAAAUCAUGUGAUGUUGAUAAAUUCUACAUAUAUAUGUUAAGUUGUAAUCUACAUGUUAUCAGUGUUUUGGGUAAUUUCCAAAUUAGAUAAAUAUUCAGUUAAUAGUGCACAAUUUAUAAUCUUUGUUUUACUGCCGUAUGGCAGACAUAACAGGUUAACUAGUACAGGAUGUGCUCUAAACAAAAUGAGUUAAUUUAUUCAACAUUUUUGAAACCAAUUUUGAUAAAAGCUAAAACAGUUAUAAAUGUCAGAUUUUUCUGAAUGUUUUAUUCUUAAAUUGAUAUUUUUUGCUACAACUCAAAAAAAAAUUUUGGUUUUAACUUACUGAUUCAAAGUACAUGUUAAUUUGUAAGAAUUUUUUAUUUUAUGAAUAUAUGGUAUAACCAUGCAUGACGAAAUCUUUCUAAAAAUAAUGCUGAUAAUUUUAUUUACUAAUAGAACAUACACAUGUGUAUGGCUAGUUUCUAUGUUAAAAAAAUUAUGUGGUGUAAUUUUGAUUAUUGCAUAUCUUGGCUUUAAUUACUGAAUAAGAAAUGUUUUCCAACAUUACAACAUCUUUGAUACACAUUAAAGAGACUAACAUUUUAAUAUAUCCUGCCAAUUCAUACGGUAGAACAGUGCUUUCUUCCGCCAUGUUGGAAUCAUGUUCGGGUCUUUAUUCAAUUAUUGGGGUGGAUCAUAAAGAAGAGUUAUUUUGGGAGACUAACAACUUACUAUUGGACAUUUUACUAUUGAAUUUUUAAUGUGGACAGGAAUUUUUCGACAACCAUAUAGGAUAUACACAUAUAUUUUUCCAGUUUAUUGAAUCUAUCUGAAGUUUAAUAUAGAGAAUGUUGAAUGAGUUUUUGUAAACAGGCUGGGGCAAAUUAUAAUUCACAUAUGAAAUGUUGGGAGUCGGACCCCCUUUUGUUCCCAUGUACAGAUUUUUGUAUGCUUUCAUUGAUGAAUAUAAUGGAUAUAAAAGCCUACUGCCAUAGAUUGUAAUGUGAUAUACACAUGAUUGGUAAAGUGUGGCAUCUGCUGCCAUUAGAAAUAAUAGUUGUAAGUGUGAGCCUUGGUAACAUUCUUUUCUGACUAUAAUGGUUUAUUAAUUAACUUAAUUGAAAGUGUGAAGUCAGUUUUUCUACUAUACUUUGUGUCAAUAAGAAUGAAUAGAAUAUUAAGACUGUUCCAAACAAAAUAUAAUGCAGCAUUUGCUGAUAUUUGAAGAUUGGGUUUAAUCGUGAAGCAUUAUUUUGGGCAUACCUACCUUUUGCUGAUAAGGAAAUGUUUAACAUAUUUCUUUUUUAUACCGGUAUUUUAGAAUUUAUUCUGAUCUGCAGGCCACAUACAUAUAAAGCUUUCCAGACUUUAAUGUUGCUGGAAACAAGGGAUAAUCAAUAUUUUGCUUUUAAAACAUCUUAUUAUAACUGAUUAACAGAACUACAAAAAUACUUAAAAAAGCACGAGGCCAUAUUUUUUUCUUUAUUGGGUCCUUUUACAUCUUUUAUGAACUUAAAAAACGCAUGGGGUUUACUAAAGAAUAAAAAAAAAACAUUAUUUUUGCAAUAACACUCCAUAUUCAAGAACGCAUUAUAGGCAAAAACAAUUAAUGGCUGAGCUAGGAAGCUUCACAAAAUCUGCCCGAGGAUUGGUUUUGGAAUAUAACAUGAAUCAUAAGCAAAAGUCAUCCAGACUGCAAGGAGUGGAAAAUAAAUAAAACAUAUUGUUUUUACCUCUUGAGAAGCCAGCAACAGUGCUUACAACAUGUUAUAGGCAAAACAAUCUUCAUUCGGUAUCCAAACUGCGCAUUGCGGAGAAUGAUUAUUUCCAAUAGAUCUGUACUUGGGGUUUGGGUUGGUAUAAUGUUGGAAUGUAAUUAUUUUCUCUCUCAGUGUAAACUAUUUGUAGUGUUUGUAAUUGAAUGAUGCAGUAAUAUUUUAUGACAACUUUAUAAAUUUUAUUCUUUUUGUUCAAAUUAUUUUAAAUUGCUGAAUAAUUCUGUGCAAAUUGAAUCCCUCACCCAAACCCCCUUUCCCUCAGAAUAAACCCCACACACCACCCCUUUCCCUCAGAAUUACCCCUAAUCCCCCACAGCUUGCAGUAAACAGUGAUCAUUUUAAAAACACAAUGAUUUAUUUGAGAAAAUCUUUUAAAUGUCCUACUAUUAUGUAUAAGGAAACGGAAUAUUUUGGGGUUUUUUUUAGUGGAAUUUCUAUUCUUUUUGCUCAGUUUACCUCAAAGGCUAAAUGUGAAAUGUCUUGAAUAUAUUUUGGUUGUUAAUUAAUUGAAAUGUCUGAUUAAAAAAAAUUUCGACAUUUUGUUUUUACACUAAAGAAAAGCUUGGUUAAAAAUCUAUUAAGACGUGGCUUAAAGAAUAAAUUAUAACAUACACUAUCACUAUGAGGUUGUUGCAUUAUGCUAAUAGAAUCUGUUAUAAAACUUCAUUAUCAUAAUAACCAUUACAAAUUUUUUUAACCGUAGGCAUGUGGUUGACGUCGCUGUAAAAUUUCGUCAAUGUAAGGUUCACUUAUUCGGUUGUAUGAAUUUAAUGGCGGAAGAAAAAUAUAAAUAGCCUUAAGUCAAAGUCAUGGUGGCUCCAGUAAAGUAUUUCGAAACUGCAGUAUCAUCAAUUAAAAACCCGUUUUUAUAGAAAAUUGAUACAGAUUUUUCUAUUUCUCUUGUUUCGUCUAUACAUUUAUCUGUUUUUUGUAUCAAAGGGGCGAUGUAUCGAAUUAUCAAUACAGUCAUUAUCAAAUUAUAGGCCCAUUAUUUACAGAUGACAAUAUCCGUAUCAAAUUUAUGAGAUCUUUUUCAUAAGGUAUGUUAACGACUGUAUUUGAAUACAGAGUUGAAGUUGAUAAUCGUAUGAAUUGUUAAUUAAUAGUGCCAUAACUUGAGAGAGAAAAAAUAGGUAUUUUCUUAAACCCUUUUCCUUUUGAAACUUAUAUUCUGUAUUUAUCACGAAUGACAAAUUUGUUAUUCACAGUUUCGCCUAUUCUGUACUUAUUAAUGUUUUUCUAAUACAUAAGAUUUGGUGCAUUAUGGUAUCCAGUUCUUGUGUCGGUGACAAAUGUGCGAUAAAGAUGCAACGAUAAUUUUUUUUCUGAUAAAUUUGUUGUACAUAAAGUCAGCUUGAAGCAGGAUUUGUAUUUUUAAGAUUUUAAAAUGAUACCCUUUGAUAAUAUAUUUAAUAUUUUAUAACUGUUUUUGAUUUCUUUAAAUUAAUUUGUGAGGACCUAAAGUCCAAUUAGAAAUUGUGAAACCAAUUUUUUUUUUACAAUUUUAACAUAUAUACUGAAAGACUGUGUAAAGAAUAGUUGUAUAAUGUAGAUUUAUGGUUUGUUGACAUUCAACUUGUGUGAAACAAAAAUAAAAGUUUCUUUUUGUAUAAUAAAGUUGAUUUUUUUUACAUUAAUUUAUAUUUGGAAAUCUUUAAAAGAUAAAGUGAAUUGAAUGUUAAAUUGUAAAAGUUUAUUUCCUACACAGAUUGUAAGAAUUGUUUGCAAUGUGUAAAUUAUUUUUUUGUUCACUUCACAAUGUUUUACUUUUUAAAUCAUUUUAAAAAUGUUCAUGAAAAUCAGCAUGAAUCUGGAGGCAUACAUGCUUUAAAGCUGAAAAUUUUGAAUCAACAAUUUAAAUAUUUUGUCAAAUAAUGGGAGUUAAUUAUCUAGAUACAAUUGUCCUUUACAUAGGUUUUAAAGAUGACAUCAUUCUUGCAUUAUGAUUACAGGAAAAAUAAUACAUUUUAUCUGCAAACUUGCAUUAAAUUGAAAUACUUCUUAUUGAGUUGUGAUAUAACAGAUUACAGAGUAAUUGUUUAGUGUACAUGUUAGUUACUGUUCAUUGAAAACAAGAUCUUUAUCUCUCCAUAUUUUAUUACUUGUGUUAAGCAGACGGACAGAUAUAGGGUAGUCUGCCUUUGAACUGAUUGAUUUAUGAAGAUUAUACCUGUACAUGUUUUUUUUAAUGUAUAUUGAACUGUGUUAAAAGUGUUGGUUUUUUUUUUAGCAAUAAUACUUUUUUUUCAUGGAUGAAUGGAAAGUAUGUAUUUAUAAGACUUGUUUGUGAGCUUGUUUUGUCUAUGAAAUGUGAAUGUUUAGUUAUAUAGUAUUAUAAUUGCUAGUGACUGUGUAGUAGCAGUUUUCAAAUGGACAUAUAUGUAAGAGCAGAAGAAAUGAGUUCAUAAGAACAUGUAUGUAAAGCUGAAUUCACAUGAAUUUUGAAAUGUGUACUAUUUCCAUUAAGAUUUUAUAUUCCCAUGGUUGUAUAGCUGAUAUAUGCAUGAUUUUUAAAUUGAAAGAAAUUAGAAUUGAAAUAAUUUACAAAUGUGCCAGGUUUGCCUGCAUGGUUAAACUGUAUAAUGAAAAAUUGGAAUGAUUUGAAAAUCAUGACUUUUAUACUAACCUGCGCUAUAGUGCAGAAACCCAAAGUGACAGAAGUUAUUGUCACCAGUGUAGAGCCAGGCCAGCCUGCACAUUCGUACAGUCUGACCAGGCUCUAAGUUGUUGACUGACUGACUUUAAAGGGUGUUUAUACUUGGCUGGUUGGGGUAAACGUCGCACCAACCUAAUGUACGAUGUUAAACCCAACCAGCCAAGUAUAAAGGGUGUUUAAAAUGAAAAAGUGAAACGAAUCAGUAUUCUUAAAAUAUACAAAUAUUAUGUAAUAAAGUGGAAUUGGAAAAAAAACCUUCAUACAUGUGCACGUGUGUCAAACAUUGUUGACUCCCACAUGAAAUAUAAAUUAUGUCAAACUUGAAGCAAAAAGGGGAUGAAUACUGGUACAUGUAUUUAGCAGAUUAGUUUCAAACAGUUGAGGAAUAACUUUUAACAGAAUCUUUAUAAUUAAUGUUUUGUGAAUCAAUACAUAAGACAGUUUGGUUAAUUGGACAUUAGCUGGAUAUUCUGCGAUAAAUAAAAAGUCCCGUGUGUGGGGGGGGGGGGGGUCGUAGGAGGGCUUAUAAUUUUAUUUUUUGCAGCAGCUUCUUAUUCCAUUUAUAGACCAUUCUUAGGCCAUAAUCUCAGAAUAAUGUAAAUUUUUCAAUGUUUUGAAAAUGGUGCUUAAGUAUUAUUUACAGUUUUAAUUAACCGUAGACUUACAUUAUUAGAAAAAAAAUUGUCAUUUGAUAACUAUGUAAAUAUCUCUUACUAUUGCAAAAUGGGAUAUUAAGUAAAAAGAGCAGACAAAAUUAUGAACAAUUUUGUAGUUGUUUUUCUGUUAUUUCAAGUAUCACCUGCCUUGAUAUUGCAAUAGUUUUAUACACAUAAAUUUGUAAUUCAAGUGGGAGUGUGGCAAUCAGAUAAGAAAGGUUUUAUAAAAUCAGAUAUGAACAAAUAUUUUAUGUGUUUACAUAAGUUAUAAACAGUAUGAUAAAUAUACUCUUAUAUAUGUAUAUAGUAAAAAGCUUUUUUUUGUAUAAAAUUUUAUAGGUUAUUUAAUGUAAUUCUUUUUUUUUAUAGAAAUGCGCUACAAAAAACUUGAUUUUUUUUUCCGUCUGAAAUUAUUGUAUAUAUUUAUAUAUAUAUAUAGAUUUAUAUUAUGUGAUUUUAAUCAUAGUUUUAAGCAAUGAUUGCAUCAUAAACAUAUUUUUGAUAAAUGUCACAAAUUGAAAGAAAGAAAAUGAAAGGAAUACAUGUAAUUAUCUGUGGUGCCAUUGAACUUUUAAUGUGCAUUUUAUCGAAGUUUUAUGUUACGCCCUGAAAUGACCAUGUGUUUGAAUAUUAUAUAAGAAUAAUAAGUAACUGAACUGUUCAGUUAUACCGGAUGAUCUUUAAGUCUUCUUUAAAGAGUCUGUAGGGUCAUACAAUAGUCACUGUAAGUGAUAUAAAGACUUGAGUAUCUUAAUGGGUGUUAUAAUUGGUUAAAUUUAUUUCCGGACUGG